AUGGCGACUAACAUCACUUGGCAUCCAAACCUUACCUACGACGAACGAAAGGCAUUGAGAAAGCAGGACGGUUGUACUGUUUGGUUAACGGGCCUAAGUGCGUCUGGGAAAAGUACCAUCGCCUGUGCACUUGAACAAUUACUACUUCAAAAGAAUCUCUCUUCCUACAGAUUGGAUGGUGACAACAUUCGCUUUGGUUUGAACAAAGAUUUGGGCUUCUCAGAAAAGGAUAGAAAUGAGAACAUUCGUAGAAUUAGCGAGGUUUCCAAACUCUUUGCUGAUUCAUGUGCUAUUUCAAUCACUUCGUUCAUCUCUCCAUACCGGGUUGACAGAGAUAGAGCCCGUGAACUACACAAGGAAGCUGGCUUAAAAUUCAUUGAAGUUUUUGUCGAUGUUCCUUUAGAGGUUGCCGAACAGAGGGACCCUAAAGGUUUAUAUAAGAAAGCUAGAGAAGGUGUAAUUAAGGAGUUCACUGGUAUUUCAGCUCCUUACGAGGCCCCCAAAGCUCCAGAGUUGCACUUAAGAACUGACCAAAAGACUGUCGAAGAGUGCGCUACUAUUAUUUACGAGUACCUAGUCAGCGAAAAAAUUAUCAGUAAGCAUUUAUAA